GGCGGCCCCGGGGGCCCGCCCCCCCGGCCUGACCGCACUGCCCGGGGCGCCCCCCCAGAAGCCCGAGAUGCGGGGGGCCGGGAGGCGGCACUCCUGGCUCCCCAGAGAGGCGUGGGUCUGGGGCUGAGGGCCAGGGCCCGGAUGCCCGGGUUCCGGGGCUAGGGCCUCGGCAGCCAGCGGGGGUGGGGACCUCGGGCACCCGGAGAGGGUCCUCCAGACGUCCCGACGCCGGCUCCCGGCCAUGGAGCCCUUGAAGAACUUCUUCCUCAAGAGCCCGCUGGGGUCGUGGAAUGGCAGCGGCAGUGGGGGCAGCGGGGGUGGCGGCGGAGGCCGGCCCGAGGGGUCUCCGAAGGCAGCGGCUUAUGCCAACCCGGUGUGGACUGCCCUGUUCGACUACGAGCCCAAUGGGAAAGACGAGCUGGCCCUGCGGAAGGGUGACCGCGUGGAAGUGCUGUCCCGGGACGCAGCCAUCUCAGGAGAUGAGGGCUGGUGGGCGGGCCAGGUGGGGGGCCAGGUGGGCAUCUUCCCGUCCAACUACGUGUCUCGGGGCGGCGGCCCGCCUCGCUGCGAGGUGGCCAGCUUCCAGGAGUUGCGUCUGGAGGAGGUGAUCGGCAUAGGCGGCUUCGGCAAGGUGUACCGUGGCAGCUGGCGUGGCGAGCUGGUGGCUGUGAAGGCGGCCCGCCAGGACCCCGAUGAGGACAUCAGCGUGACAGCCGAGAGCGUUCGCCAGGAGGCCCGGCUCUUUGCCAUGCUGGCGCACCCCAACAUCAUUGCCCUCAAGGCCGUGUGCCUGGAGGAACCCAACCUGUGCCUGGUGAUGGAGUAUGCGGCCGGAGGGCCCCUCAGCCGGGCCCUGGCCGGGCGCCGCGUUCCCCCCCACGUGCUGGUCAACUGGGCGGUGCAGAUUGCCCGUGGGAUGCACUACCUGCACUGUGAAGCCCUGGUGCCGGUCAUCCACCGCGACCUCAAGUCCAACAACAUUUUGCUGCUGCAGCCCAUUGAGGGUGACGACAUGGAGCACAAGACCCUGAAGAUCACCGACUUUGGCCUGGCCCGAGAGUGGCACAAAACCACGCAAAUGAGUGCUGCGGGCACCUAUGCCUGGAUGGCUCCCGAGGUUAUCAAGGCCUCCACCUUCUCUAAGGGCAGCGAUGUCUGGAGCUUUGGGGUGCUGCUGUGGGAACUGCUGACCGGGGAGGUGCCCUACCGUGGCAUAGACUGUCUUGCCGUGGCCUAUGGCGUAGCUGUUAACAAGCUCACACUGCCCAUCCCGUCCACCUGCCCAGAGCCAUUUGCACAGCUCAUGGCCGACUGCUGGGCGCAGGACCCCCACCGCAGACCCGACUUCGCCUCCAUCCUGCAGCAGCUGGAGGCGCUCGAGGCUCAGGUCUUGCGGGAAAUGCCGCGGGACUCCUUCCACUCCAUGCAGGAAGGCUGGAAGCGCGAAAUCCAGGGCCUCUUCGACGAGCUGCGAGCCAAGGAAAAGGAACUACUGAGCCGCGAGGAGGAGCUGACGCGCGCGGCGCGCGAGCAGCGGUCGCAGGCGGAGCAGCUGCGGCGGCGCGAGCACCUGCUGGCCCAGUGGGAGCUGGAGGUGUUCGAGCGCGAGCUGACGCUGCUACUGCAGCAGGUGGACCGCGAGCGGCCGCCUGGGAGCCGGCCAGGGCCCCCCGCGGGUUGGAGUCCUGGCUCUCCUUCACCGCAAACCUGCACCCUGCUCUCCUCCCCCCAAACCUCAGACUUCAAGCACCGCAUCACCGUGCAGGCCUCACCCGGCCUUGACCGGAGGAGAAACGUCUUCGAGGUCGGGGCUGGGGACUCGCCCACCUUCCCCCGGUUCCGGGCCAUCCAGUUGGAACCUGCAGAGCCAGGCCAGACAUGGGGCCGCCAGUCCCCCCGACGUCUGGAGGACUCAAGCAAUGGCGAGCGGCGAGCAUGCUGGGCCUGGGGUCCCAGUUCCCCCAAGCCUGGGGAAGCCCAGAAUGGAAGGAGAAGGUCCCGCAUGGACGAGGCCACGUGGUACCUGGAUUCAGAUGACUCGUCCCCCUUAGGAUCUCUUUCCACACCCCCAACUCUCAACGGUAACCCCCCGCGGCCGAGCCCGGCCCCGCCCUCCCCUGCGCCCCUGCUGCUGGACCUGGGUGUCCCUGCGGGCCAGCGGUCAGCCAAGAGCCCCCGGCGGGAGGAGGAGACCCGCGGAGGCACCGUCUCACCCCCACCAGGGAUAUCACGCUCCGCUCCCGGCACCCCAGGAACCCCGCGCUCACCGCCCCUGGGCCUCAUCAGCAGACCUCGGCCCUCACCCCUUCGUAGCCGCAUCGACCCAUGGAGCUUUGUGUCAGCCGGACCACGAGCUUCACCCCUACCCUCACCGCAGCCCACACCCCGCCGGGCACCCUGGACCUUGUUCCCGGACUCAGACCCCUUCUGGGACUCCCCACCUGCCAACCCCUUCCGGGGGGGACCCCAGGACUGCAGGGCACAGACCAAAGACGUGGGUGCUCAGGCCCCGUGGGUGCCAGAGGCGGGGCCUUGAGUGGGCCAGGCCGCUCCCCGACGCUCCGGCUGUCGGAGAGGGGCCACAGUAUACACUGGAACGGGAGCCGGGCCGGCCUCUGUGGCUGCCUCAGUUUCCCCCAGGGACCCCGCCCCUCUUGGGGGUCAGGAACACUACACUGCACAGGAAGCCUUCACACUGGAUGGGGGGCUGCACCCCCCCACACCUGCAACCUAUAGGUCCCCCCAACUUACCUGCCCCCUGGGGCCCGCCACUGUGCCCAGCUGGUUGGGAGGACCAGAGCCUGUCUCAGGGAAUUGCCCUCCGGGAGGUGCGGGAAGGAGGGGCGGUGCAGGGGGGAGGGGCCAGCCUCAGCUGCCACCAGCACUUUUGACCAAGUCCUGCUACUGAGGACCCUGCCCUGGGGUUUAGUGCCUGGACCCCACUGCCCUGGGGGUUCCCUGGGGCUGGGGCUCUCUGGGUGCCUUUCUGCUUCCCCAGCCAGGGUUGGGGCCUUUGCCUCGGGAUCCAAUGAAGCCAAAUAAACUCGAAAGCUGUCUCCCCAA